AUGGAUACCGCUAAACUGGCCGACUACGGCGAGUCGAAGACUCAUCUGGAGCAGCUACAGCAGACGUUGACGCAUUUGGAUCAUCAUCAUCAUGCACAUUCGCAUCCACAUCCACAUCCGCAUCCGCAUCCACAUCAUCAUCAUGGAUUGUAUCACACGGCGCCAAAUACAUCGACUAUAACCACAGAUUCGGUGGUUUCCUGUGUGACCUCAACUCUGCCUGCUGUCGGCAAGGCCAUAUCCUCGUCCUCAUCCUCCUCCAGCUGCGACAACUCUGAGACGGAGCGCAAGAAAUGCCACGAAAUGGACGUCAGUCAUACACUGAUGGAGGCCAUCUGCACAUUGCCGCUGCCCAUGCACCAUGGCCAAAGGUCACCGCCCUGCUGCCUGGCCACGCCUCCUGCAGCGGCCCUGAUGAACGGCUCUGGGUCGAGUGCCAACGGAGGAAGCGCCUCCUUAUGCAAUGAUCUGGUGCGAGAGUCCUCCUGGUAUGCGCAUCAUCAUCAUCACCAUCACCACCAUCAGUUGGCCGACGAGCUGGUCAUGUACACAACGCCAGCGCCGACGGCUGCAGCGGCUGCUGCCAUUGGCAAAUUUGGCCUGGACACAUCCACGGAGGGUUACUUGAACGCAAGGUACAAUGUGAAUGUCAAAGGCGUGCGCCAUGAAAGAACAUCAACUUUCUUCGAUAUACCCGCUGUGACGCACCCGCACCCGCAUCCACAUCCUCAUGCUCACCCGCAUCCAUAUUGCUACAGGUUUCCACCGUCGCCACCCGCGGGCAUUCUUAAAAAGAGCGACGAAGAAACGGCAGUUGUGGCCGCCGCAGCAGCCGCUGCAUAUUGCAGCGAUGUGUCGGCUGGUCAGCAUUUCCAUCAGCAGAACACGAAGAUAGAGCAUGCCGAUUCGACCACAACCGCAGCCGCUGUACAGCAACAUCAACAACAGCAGCAGCAACAGCAGCAGCAACAACAACAACAGCAGCAGCAACAACAGCAGCAACAACAACAACAACAUGCUGCACUGCAUUCUCAUCCACAUCCACACAGUCAUCAGCAGUUGCAGCACACACAUCAGCAGCCGCAUUCCCAUUCCCACCUGACGCCAGUGCAUGCUGCCUCCGCCUUCAAGUUCAGUCACACGGCCGUCAUAUCCAGCUCAGCAGUCUAUGCCACGCCCACACACUACGCCCACCAACAGCAGCCGCAAUCGCAGACGCAUGUCGGUUCCGUAGCCGCCGUCUAUCGCGACCUUUCACCUCCCACGGGCACGGGAAGUGAGUCGGAUGUCAAGUAUGAAAGUGGCCCCUAUAAUACGACAAUAUCAUCCACCUAUCCACCACCAUUGCGACCCAGUGUCGUGGACUCCACCACAUCGAGUGAUGCAGAACUGCGACUUGAUCAGUUCUACGCCAGCAAUGCCAUAUCCACCAGCAGCAACGGGCAGACCAUCAGUCAGCGUCGAGGCUCUCUCCAGUUGUGGCAGUUUCUGGUUGCCCUAUUAGACGAGCCGGCUACCAGCUCCAGCUGCAUCGCCUGGACAGGUCGGGGCAUGGAAUUCAAGCUCAUCGAACCCGAGGAGGUGGCACGUCGUUGGGGCAUACAAAAGAACAGACCGGCCAUGAACUAUGACAAGCUUUCACGCAGUCUACGCUAUUACUAUGAGAAGGGAAUCAUGCAAAAGGUCAACGGGGAACGCUAUGUCUAUCGGUUCGUCUGUGAUCCUGACGCACUCUUCAACAUGGCCUACGGGCAUCUCACGGGCAAGCAAUCGGAUCAGCAGCAUCAGUUGACCUUGUCACUGGCCAAGUCACCAUCCGAGUCGCAAUCGCAGACGAUUCGCGUGCAGAAAUCGACGGCUGCGGAUUAUUAUGAUAGUGGCUUGCAUAAGUAUCAGUAGGCGGAGCGUGGGAGCAUCGCUGAGUAGGUGUAACCAUGUCUCGUGUACAUUGUGUAAUUUAUUUUAUAUGUGGGUAUGUGAAGGGCUCGUUGUUAUAGUGCGAAUGGGUUUAGUUGAGAAAAAAUUAGAGUUGUUUAUGUCUUAAGUAUAAAAUCGCUAUCUGACUUGCGACAAUU